AAGCGAUAGAUUUUUUUUGGCAAUAAGUCAAGAAUAAAAAGCUACUCUUUGUCAUCUCGACAAAGUUGCACUUCUGUCUUCUAGACCUUCCAUCGGCAAUCCCUUUUCCUCUUCAUUUCAGCGACAAUAAAGUUGCUUUAUCUAUCUUCCGUGAGCUUAGAUAUUAUUGUGAGCUUCGAUCUCUACAAGUUAGUAGUAGGUCUUACCUUUUGCAGACGGACGCACUAUCUCCUUCACUACUGUAGUACUUAUUCAUCAGCGUCAUACUGUAAGCAGCUGUCUGCGUCUGAUAGUAUGAAAAAUUGUCCUUGACCAAUCAAUCACACUAGAUUCACGUCCAGAGCUGUCUCAACGUUGUGUCGAAAAAUUGUACCUAACAAACCAAAAUAGAUAGAGAUCACAAAUCAGAAUAAGUCAGUAUGUCCCUGUGUCUCUGCUAAUUCCUAUUCCUCGAGCUUUUAUUUCAAAAAAAUGUUUAGCGUUUGUGUAUGCAAUAGAAAAAGUUCUUCUCGUAUUGUUUUAGUUGGUACUCCUGCGUACUCUUUUCGCUUUUGUAACCGUGCUUCUUUGAGGUUGUAGCUGCUGACACCGUCUAUCACACUCUAAAACAAUCUGUGAAAAAAACGUUAUCUCCUAAUCAGAAUGGCCUAGGGUCACACCGAUCGAAUUACUCCAAAAAGUAUAUUGUUGAUUCCUGAUUUUGAGCUCUCUGUCUUCGAUAAGAAAUUUUAACACUAACAACAACUGAAAGCAAUUAGCGUUGCAGUUUGUGAAAGAAUAGCUGUUAUUUAUUAACAAUCAAAGUGCCGGCCUCGUCCUCUUCUUCCUCGUCCAUUUCGGCGAGGAAGGAGAAGCUGUCGAUCGAGAAGUUGGAAGUAUUGGCCGGAGGGCCUCUGGGGGGUUCCGCGCGGCAACCGAAAGGAAAGUCGAAGCUUGUGGCUCUGAUUAUGGAAUAUGUAUUUCUUACUCGUCAACUAUGUGUUAUUUAGUCUCAAGAUGUUUCCCAGAAAUUGUAGAUAGGCAACAAGCAGACGCAACUUACUGGCUAUACGAUCACUUUUCCGCGUGUCGAUGCGCUCUGAAAUUUUAACUAACAAGUCGUAUCCUACAGUUUUAGUUACUAUCACGUCUUCUAGUGUUUACUGUUCUAAACCUGAAGAAAAACACGAAGGCAUCGGAGCAGGCCCGAAGACGAGAAACCGCGCUCCAACGACGUCGCAUAGCCGCAAUUGUAAAAUAAGGCCAAAAAUUGCAGUCACUGUCUCACGGUCAUAAUAUAUAGUAACUCGGUCCUGACGCCGCCCUCUAUGUAUCCCUUUGUGUUGCACAAAUGUGCAGGAAUAUGCAUACUGCUUACUAUCAGCAAAAAGCUUGGCCUUCUGGGACCUGCAGGCCAUCACCAUACACGACCCGACUCUAAUAGCCAUGAAUGGGACUGGGCGCAGAGAGCUGAAAGAGUACAUCUUAUGGCACUCCAGUUGCAUUGGUUAUCCAUGUAGGUCCUCAUCACAAUUGGGUACUGAGCCAAUUUCGGAGGGCUCUUUUGUGUUUUGUAUUUAAUCUUCACUCAGUAUCUGGGCCACUGACAUAGUAGACUAGAGGGCGUGACACAUUAAUCGAUAGGGAGUGUAAGGUUAUAAAAAAUAAUAAACCCCAUUAUAUUCGGAAUCAGUUUAGACCAACACGCAGGGGAGGAGCAACAAAAGAAGCGCUUUGCCUGGAGUGAUAGAAAAGUCUAGAGUUGUAUUCAAUAUCUUGCGUUCACCCUCGAUUACUCGAGGUGACCUCUCUCACGUCCAUAACUAAUACUCACUUGCUCAUCGUGGGACUUUCAUCUUAAGCCCCCGCUUCCUUCCCAGUUAGUUUCCUUACGUACGUUGAUUUUCUCUCCUCGCCUCCCUGCGUGUGAGCCUUUGUGUGCUCCCCUGCUUUCAUUGCUCAACGACAAAGUCCGCUCGUUUCCUUGGGUGCAGCAUAAUAUCGAGACGAAUCCCGCGAUGAAGAUAUGGCUUGAUACAUUGAGUCCAUGGGUAAGAGCUAGCAUCAGGAGCCUGGCAAUUUUCUUGAGGUUCGUCUCCUUGUGCAAGGCACACCCUCGAAGGCGGCCUCAAUGUAAUAAAGAGUGUUUCUCUCUAAGAUCCAAAGAAGUGCACAGGAUGUGCACUCAGGCGUAUGCUCUUAUGGCUAAAAUCAACAAUCAUGCUCAUGGCAUGUUCUUCAGUUUUUGCUCGUCACCUUGAGUAAGACUGCUUUCUUGCAACAUAAACUACGCAUGACAAUUUACUAAUAAUAGAUAUGAGAGUGGGCCCGGGCAGACUGAUGAUCUCAUGCGCUGUCCCGUUCUUCUACUUUCGCACAUUCAUAGUCCACACUGAUGUACAAAGAUAGUGAUACAGGCUCUUAUGGACUGAACCUUUUUUCGAGGGUGCUAUCUAUGCAUUCAGAAUUCAAAUUUCUAACGCUGAUGGAAAACAACUACGCAAAGCGGAGUUCCAAACAGGCUUCUUUGAUUAUGGCUGAACAAAUCGCUUUUAGUUGUGCUCUUGGUUUGUUGCGCGGGUGGCCUGUGAGCAACCAAAAGCGGCUAAGAUGCCUGACUUUCGCGCGUCUUCCUUGUUCAAGCGAGGAAAGCAGCACUGCUUUCGAAUACGUCGGUCGAUAUAUUUAGCAAUGCAAACCACUGAGCCCCAUUCAAUAAUAAACAUCCUCACACGCUAUGCUUCGCGCAACCUUCCUGCAAAAAAAACUAAAAGCGAAUCUUACUCUUCAUGCAUAACCGUUCUACCUCGCUUUAUGGCUCGUUUGUUGCUGCCUCUCUUAAAUGAGCUAUUGCUUUGGAAGAUACGCGCUCCUCCUCUAAAAGGAGGGCCCUAUGCAACCGGUCAAGUAAGAGAGGUAGCAAACAGGCUCUUCUUCUAAUGAAACACGUGGAAAACGAAGCACAUAAAUUGGGAAUUAUUAAGGCCUUCUUACUUACCCGAAAUAGAGAAUUUAUCACACUAACUCACUAACCGUGAUUCUUCACCUUCAUGGUUGGUGCGUCUGUGUUGAUGUUGUAGAGUAAUUCAUAAUUAAUUUUUCUCUACCUCUAUACUUCUUGCGCCCUCCUCUUGGGGAUAGAUAAAACAAGGAUGACCUACCACGGCCUCAACUACAGUCAAAAUGCAUCGGGUCCAUGGGCGUACUCUAAUGCAGCCAAAACACUUCACUACACAGACAAGCUCGGCAACCUGCAGUGCCUGGCGUUUUUAAGGAUUGACUUGAAAUGCGUCGUAUCUAUUUUUUGGCUUCUUCAUUUUGCUCGUCUAUAGAAGUAUAGAUUAGCUCUAUAACUUCUAAAGGAUUACUGUGCAUCAGUUGUCUCUCCGCAGAAUUUGACUGAACCUUGAAGAAGGUGCUACCACUGCAUAUUUUGCCAUAUUUUUUCCAAGUCUGAAAGAUUCGACCCACAUGAGGCAGUUGGAGCCUCUUUUUACCCAUGGUGUUUUAGUUUGCGACCAACUCAUCCUACCCUUACCUGGUUCUCACUUUUUGUUGAUUCAAGGGCUGAAGCUGCGUCAGCUCUUCGCCCCUGCAGAUAUGCCUGAAAAUCCCUUUCAUUUGUUGAAGGAGAGAAGCCCCAGCCGGUGCCGCGUACAGAAGAGGAGAUGCAGAAACUCGCGCAGGUCCGGCCUGAGCUUUAUGGUAGAAGCUGGCGCGUCUCAACGUACUCUCGGUGAUCGCAUGAAAGCAAUCCUGGCUGUAGUUACACGCUCACGCCGAUAAUUUUCCCCCAAGAAUAGCGUGAGCGCGUAACCACUGUUCAUAAAUACGUUGCAUUUUCCCGUAAUUGAUAUAGGCACUGACGCGCCUGAUCUUUCCUUUCUAACGAUGCCGAUCGUUUCUUGGACAACCCGAUGCCUCGAAGGGCCCGACGGUUAUGCGUGUUGGUUUCGAUUACAAAUCACAGUGACAGCAAGCUACCUGUAAUUCUAGAAAAACACCUGACUCCCGUGCAUAUUUAUAGAGGGACAAGGUUUCCGGUUGAGCUUGCAUAUUUCUCUUUCAGAUCAAUAGCCGACACCCUCUCACCCUCUACACCCCUGACCUUCUUCAUUGCUCAAGUCCGUAAAAUUCUGGGCUACGCGUAUGAUACACCCACGCAGGAGGAGUUGCGAGUUAUGCAGGUAUCGCGUCUACCUAUACCUAUCUCUUUUUAUCUGUUAUCCAGAUUUCCUUUUUCAUUGCUGCAGGCCUUCGCGGGAAUGAGUCAAAAGUUGUUAUUACAAAGUCAGCAGAUUCCGCGUCAGCCAGUUGAGUUUUUCUUGCUAUGCAAAAUCUUAGCUCAUACUUCAUGAUAAACAAGAAACUUCAAAGGACCCUCACAGAUUUCUCAUAGCUGCUAAACACUUUCCCCAACACAGCAAAUCAUGAAAGCGCCGAAGCCCUACGCUGUGGAUAUUAAGGUUGCCAGUUUUGCUUCGUCUGGGUGCUCUUGGUCCUUUCCUUACCUUAUCGAGUGUAUACAGGUAUAGGCAGGCCCUCACCCGGACGCCUGCAAAUCGAUGCUAUACCUCUAAUCAUCUGGGAGUAGAAUUUAUGGUGGCCAGCGACUAUCUCAUCAUUUUUAAAUGGUAGUGCUUUAUAAAUUCGUCCCAUAAGUUCCCUGUUCGGGCUCAUACGUGCACGCUGUUUAUACUUUCUCCCACCGUGAUCAUGGCCUCCUCCCUGUCAUGCCACCCUUUUCCAUUUCACGCCAAGAGAGACUCAACCCAAACUUUACAAUCGUUAAGAUUUAUUUCUCUAAUGCACGGCUUGUUGCUGCGUGUCUCGUGCCGGAGCUGAGCGUCUAUCUGGCCGGCCUACUUUUAAGGAUCCUCUUGGUGCUUAUUUACAUCUAGACGGCGCAUCCUGGUGUGCCUCUUUUUGCUGGAUAGAUAUUGAUACUCAUGGUAGCUCAAUGACAAUCUAUUGCUUCUAUUCAAAGCUUCUAUUACUAGAGUAUUGAGAAACCUCUAAUACCAGCAGGCUCCAUCGGAAAGACGGGGGAAGAUUGGGUGGAGACGUAUUACACCUUUACAUCUACUGACAUGCUACUCCUGGAUGCAACCAGGAGGACAGCUAUCUAAUCCUUAUUCAUAUUUGCAUGCCGUGCUUCCUGACUUUAAGAUCUACUUGCUUGCACUACUUUCGUGUCCAUUCUUAUUCAUGCUACUUAAUUACUGCUAUGUAUGGGAUGCUCAUCUUGCUUUCUAUCUUGGACUUUAGGGGAUAGAAGAAAACGAUUAUUACGACCUAAAUCAUAAAUCAGAAACUGGGGCUUUGUGCAGAUGCUGAAGAGAGCUGAAGAGCAACGAUUCGAAGAAUUCAAGGAUAAGGCUUCGCGUCUGUCGUUUUCCCUUAGUGGCAUCUCCAUAUGUGUCUCGUUUCUUGAACCAUAAGAAACGCGCGCACAAGUGCUACGAUGCGAUGCGCAGACUUCUUUUUCUCUAAUGAGCAGGAGCUUGGCGACGAGUAUAAAUACGAUUUCCCCUUGCAGCGCAUCAACCACCUCUGCGCUUACGGGAUUAAUUUGCUUAAUCUACACAAACCUGGGGCGCGAUUAUUUCCAGUAGGAUCUAUAAUUGAAGGCUUUUUGGAAUCACAAGGCACUUUGAUUCCAAAGCUUCAAAGCAAGGAGACUCCUUUUGUAAACAAAAAUCUAAAUCACAUCCUUCCACACUCCGCCCUCCUAUGCUCCUCAUCUCUACAAUGUAUCAUCUAGCAUGUAGGUCCCGUUGAUUUGACAAACUAGAUGCCGCAUGACGAGGCUCUCGCCGACUUACCUUGUCUAACGCCUUUGGUUCGAGUACGUGAUGGAGAUCCGUAAGUAUAUCCGCUUAUGGCGAUUCGAGGCCCCAAACUUGAGCAAGCUAAAAACCCCGCUCAUCCUCCUGUUUGGGCGACCUCUCCCUAAGAUUCUACCUCCUCUGGUAUAGAAUGUUGGGAAACCAGAGAAGUUAAGUAUUCCCUACUGCAUGACCUCCCUUGCCUAGAAAGAAGGUUUUCCAAAAUCCUCUAACAUAGAAGGGCGGCAGCUUGGAGGAUAUCGGGGACGAACAUCCAAUUUAUGACACGUAGCAGCGUGACACUACCUCAUACGCAGUUGGUUUGUAGUUGCAGCUAGUUUUACAGAUUAUAGCCUCUUCUACGAGUAGACGCGCACGUGCCUUCCACAGACCCGCACUAGCGUCUGCUCUGUUGCUUCUGUGACUAAUUCAUCGCUGUUGUGAUUAUCGCCGGACAUGAGACAGAGACAGGACUAGUUAUUAUAUCUUUCUUCUUCGCAAUAUUCUACUCAGAGGCAGACACCUGUAGAAUUUCACUAUUCAUGCCUAUUUGCCUUGAUAUCCAACAUCUAAGAUCUGUCUCAGUUCGCAAGCAUGGCAUCCGGCAACAGCAAAACGAAGCAGGGUCGUUUUACGGUGAUGGGAGUUGCUAACAUAGAAAGAGACGAGCCAGGCGCUGGAUCGAGCGCGUAGCCUUUUAUUUAACGAGUAUUAACAGGCAUGCUUUGAGCAGCGGGAUUCUUUCUGCUAUACGCGAAGAUGCCCUCUCAUCUCUUUUUCAUCCUUCUCCUAACAGGCCGCUACAUGAAUACAAACAAAACUCGACUGAUUUAGCGAAGACAAAGUGAACCUUUCUAGUCCACUUUCAUCACUUCCUUUAGACGCAUCCUUAAGUAGUAUCUCAUUGGUAGCAACCAAGCCUUAUGCUUUUGCCCUUCAGAGUUAUCCCUUCACCUCCUGAAUUACCUCAUACCCUUGAGCCUAUGGCUUACGUUCUAACGUUACCGGCCGUGGACAAAAGGCCUCGGUGGACCUGCCUGUUGGCCCAAGUGAAAGUUGCAUUCUGAGUAUGGAAACGGAUUGGGCGCCGAUUUUUAACUGCUUCAGUUAAGGCCGAAUAAAGUAAAUGAUUUAAUUAGUGAUCCUUCUCUUUCCUCGUUCUUCAAGAGAAACCCGGAGUCAAAUGCUUCCUCUUGGCAGCGUGGCGGUGCACCUAGAUCGAGACAGAAUCUAAGUCAGAGCGAUUGGGGACAAGGUGAAGUUAUGGCUAUCUCCUUUGAUAUUCUGUAUUUCACAAUAAGAGCAGGCGCAAGGCAAAAACUUCAUUCACAAGAAUGUUGACUAUUUCACUGACAAAAGGCGUUGCGUCGUUUCUAAUGGCUAUGACCAACGAGAGCGCUUACUUGUCCUGACAUAUUAGCCACUGCCCCACGGGAAAAUGGUUUGCAAGAUCCUAGAAUGAGUACCGCCUCACCUAUGUAAUGCUGGAAAAACUACUCCUCACCUAUGUAUGCUCGGUCUACAUUUUCUAGGCUGCAACCUAUGCUCAGCGAUUACAGCCGCAGUAAUUCAAAUGGACAUGGUUGCAGGCACUCGCGUACUUUGUUCAGAAUAAAUUGCAUUUCUAACACUUACUCGCACUUCGGUAAACGAAGUUGCCGACCGACUCAAAGUCAGCCUGGGCAAGCUGGUCAACGCCUUUACUGUGCAUUAAGGUCAAUUGGGUACUCUUUGUCAAAUUUUGUUUCCUGCUUACAAAGGAAACCAAGCUUAUCCAAAGCUGCACUCCUCAGCAAGUGCGCGCCCUUCUCUCUAACAUACGCAAACGUAUGCAACCAGCCUGGGGCAGAAUCCAAAUUAAGAAGGGCAUCUGGUUCGUUAUUCUCAUCAUGGAUGGACGCAUGAUGCUACAGAUGGAUAUAGAUGAGGACCCCUGUACUCCAUCCAUCACAUUAUAUUAGUUUUGGUCUUGUUCUUGAUGGUGCCUUCUCUAAGGUAGAUUAUUUUCCCCCAAAAGAUUUUGCCCUAUCGAUCCCUUGACUGUACAGUGUAAGUGUGUAGUCUGAUACUCCAUGCAUUGACUAGUAUUCAUCAUAAUCCCCAUCAAAAGUUCCCUCCUAAAGAUGAUUAGGUUGCUAUCCUUGCGCGUCUCUGGAUUUACUAGGUGCAGCCCCCCGCCUUCUAAGGUGCUGCUGAGAAGGAAGCGGAGAUUAACCUCAAGCACUGGAUUCAAGUGAUUUACGGCUGCCGCUAAUGCAUCCUCACUGCUAUCCCCGCUUUCCCAAUCUUUGCACUUUUUCAACUUGAGAAAGUAAAAGUGAAUACGGGUAGCGUGAGAUCGAGGCACAAAAGCGGCAUGUCUAACAAACGAAUACCGAAUUGGUGGGCUUAUUUCUAUGGCAUGUGAUUUUUACUGGUAAGGAAAUUUUCUUGCUCUUUCUAUAUACCCCCUAGACAUACGCACUCACAUAUAUGCGCGACGAAGUGGCACAGCUAGAAAAUCCAAAACAGAGCUGCUUACGACGUCACUACAGACUCUAAUUUCCAAACUGAAGGACUCCAAGAAGAUGUACGAAGAAGCCAUGGAAUGGAUUUACGACGCGUACCGACGCUGCUGAAUUAUAUUUCUCCUACUUCUCUUUGUUUCUUUUCUUGUUUCUUUGCAGUCCAUAGCUGAGGCUCUCCUGGUGGUAGUUUAGCUAUUAUGACUUUCAUCAACGUGGUCACCCCUCAAAGUUCAGGUUGGUGCACUCCUCGUUAAAGGUCCUGGUAAAAUUCACUUCUUCACUGUUCUUUUCUCUCACGAGCCUUCUUCUCAAUAAAAAACACAGAUGGGAUGGAGACCCAUCCAUGAUGCCCACAGACUUCAUGCCACAGGCUAACCUGCUGAAGUACCAACUCGCGACGCGCCAGCUAGAGGAAAGAAACACUUUUGGUUACGGCGUUUUAUCGUUAUCCUCUGCCAAAACAAACAACUUCAGAGAUUAGAUUAAAUAUCCUACCUUAUCGCGAGGAAGCCUCCUAGGAGUCGGAGUAGUUGUACUAAUACUAUUACUAAGUAAUGCUCCGUGCCCUGGUAGGUCAUUAUUCCGCUCUUAGUUAUGUAGUUAUCGUGUCACUAUAUUCCUCGCGGAGGAUGAAGCUACUUGUCUCUUUAUACAUAGCAAGCUGAGCAUAGACCCUGCAUAGAUCCACGGUUUUCCUACUCCUGCUCUUGUCUUCUAAUUUUCACGCCUGAAGUGGCUAUCUGAAAAAGAGGGGAGGAGAGACACUUUGAUGACUUGCUUGCCUAUUCGUGGCAGGAAGUUGAUCAAUUAAGGCAUAAAUAUCGUAGCUCAUCUUACGCAGCAUCCGCAGAAAAGCUGAUUAUCCAUCGAUGUUUGUCUCGAAGCAAACAGAUGACAGAGAGACUGACGCAGAUGCUUCUGCUUCAGUACCUAGAUGAGCUUACUCGUGCACUCGCUAAAGCCUGGAAAUUACUGACGCUGCCAACUUACGGCUGAGUAUAUUAUAAUUAGUGCCUCCAGUGUAUCUAUGCCUGCCCGAGUGUGGCUCAUCAUGCAUGGGCCUCUACUCAGGAAACAUGCCAAGUUGGAUACUCCUGACUUAUCAGCUUUUACCGCUAAUAAUACGAUGGGAAGAGGAGCUUCAGGAGUGGAUGCAAGAUUAAGGCGGGAGCAUUCUUAUUGGAUACUGUAGAGCUAGACGCACCUAUCUUUUAUCAAUUCCGUCGUCCUGCUCGACAAUGUCCGAAUUUCUACAGUACACAAUUUUCUACAGUAAGCCUCUGUCUAGUCUACGUACCUUGCUCAGCUGACCGGAUACAUACCCAUUGGGAAAAGCAGCCUCCCUCUCCUUGCUCUAAAACGGAUUUGACGAAUUGUGGACAGUCGACGUUGUGGAGUACUUCACUUAUGCAUGGUUCAUCGAUUGACUCUAGCUAAACAGAAGCUAUCCCUGCUCAGAAGCAAGUCGCCAUGCCAGAGCGUGCCCGCUUGUACUCUCAUAAAUAAAUCUGUGAAGCGUCCGGUUACAAAAACAGAAUGAAGGGAUAGCUUCUAUUUCCUAUGUGUACGUAGGUAACAAGUUCUUCCUCAUCUAAUACUGGGACACGCUUAUGGAAGAUUGGGACAUUACGAAUUACGCUCCGAACAAAUUGGAAAAGAGGACGGUGACGGUACCAGCUAGAUAUCUUUGCUCUUUUGAUUUUGGGCUCGCUAUCUGUAUCUUCUCUCUUGAAGCUCCGUCUUCAAUCAAAUGGAAAGACGUCGUGGUCUUCAUUUGCAGUCCGCUGGCGACCACAGCUGACUUUUUCAUUAGCAUCUUCCUACCGAACUACACAAUUUCAUCUGCUGCAUCUUGUCUCUCAUCUUCGAACCAGAUAACAAACUUCUUGCACAAAGAGCACAGCCAGAAUAACUACCAUUCAGCGACUGGGAUUCGCUGCCUCCAGUAUUACAAUUAUGCAUGGCAGUCGAUAUCUAUCCAGAAAUUCUUGCUAGUAGUAGAGCUAAAGACGGCGCCCCAGGGCUUGAGUCUGACCAAGGGACAUUUCUAUUAGAAUUUAUUAGACUUUUUCCUACUUUAUGCACUUACUUUUUAUUUCCUACGAAUGUCUCAUCGCAGGGGAUCGCAGUCAGGGAAUCGCUACAGUACUGAAUAAAACAUCUACACUAUGUAUUAUGACAGCUCUUACUUCUGCUCGGAUGAGCAAUUUCUAAUGUUGCAAGCACACUUGGUCCGCGAAAGUUAAGAAAAUGCAUCUUCUGCGAGCCGCGACCAAUCUGCCGUCCGAGCUGAGCUCUCGUUGUCCCAAGGCAUGGAAAAAAAUGGCGUGGGCGCAGGCCCAUACAGAAGAUGCACAUUUCUAAUUGCAUCAAAGAAAUCCACAACUUUUAUGGUGGCAGUGAGUUCAUUCAUAAAAGCUCACUUUCUCCAUAUCUACAAUCACUGCGUUUGGAGAAAGUGCGCCACCGAAAGAUAAUUAUUAUAAUUCCGUGGUAUGUAUAUGUAACUACUCUAACCGCAGCUAGAUGCUUUCGCGAAUCGUUUGGGUACAUCGCAGAUUAAUCUUUAUGGAGCAGCUCUGGUUCCCUCCUUCAUGCCUAACAUAUAUCUAAAAGCAAGCAAGUCCUUUUACAUGGCCAGUCCUCCCUUUGUGUAUGCAGUUUCUAACUCCUCUUGUGUAUCACGAAGACAAGUCAUCAUCCUGCUAGUAUGAUUGUGGUGCGAAGAAUGUUGAUCAUGUUUCCAUACAUAACGAGGCUCUGCUUGUUGCUGUUCAUUCUCUAAAACCUUUCUUGUUACCUCUGACAGCACCCAUCUAGUAGGGAUAGGCAAGGACUUGCAUAAGGAGACACUCGGUCGUCUACUUUGACUUCCCCAUCCUUAGUCUUCUUACCCCGACCCCAAACAAAUCACACAGACGACGCGAGUUUAUUCGAUCGCGCGACCACACAGUGGCUAGCAAUUUAUGGCUUGGAUAUACAUGCUACGCUUCCUACUUGAUUACCUUUCAACAUUCAGACAUGCUUGGGACAGGGCCAUCGCGUGCCAUAUUUGCAGUCUACAACCUAUUUUCAAAAAAAAACGAAAACGCGCGUUAUAUAUCACUGCUCCCCAUCCCUCUCAAUUUAUGUCAAUUUUCCCCAACAUAGAUUGUCCUACGAGCCGCGCGCAUUUACUUAGAGCCGAUGUAAGACAUUAUCUCUUUCUAAUUACCCAAACCGUGGGUCGCAGAGGGGAAGCCGCCGCUCCUGACUGACGAGUUAUGGACUUAGUAUCAUUGAUUAUCUUCAAAACAUUUUUCAUUGAUAAUCCCAAAUUCUUUCAUUUGCCGCUGAGUGGUACAGGCACAGAUAAGCCAAUCGAAGCAGAAUUUCCGAAGGAGUCCUUCUCAAAUUCUUACUAUCGCUCUCAUCCCCUCAUAGUGCAUCUUCUAAUGCAGGAAUUGCGGAAGGUCGAUGCAAAGAUUGAAGACCUGGAUGAGAAGUGGAAGUCCCAUAAGAAGCAGGUGGAGGAGCAAGACGGGGCCCAAGAGGUUAAUGUUAUGCUGCUGGGUGCAUAAUUUUUAUAGUUCAGUUAUAUUGCUACUCUUUUGCUUCACCUAGUCAAUUGAGGACGACUAAGUGACGUGGAUGAAGCUAUUUGGCCCAAUUCUCUCCUACCCCUAUUACAGUAUGACAGUUCGUUGCACAAUUCCAAGCGACGCCGCUCGGGAGAGUGGUUUAGUGACCCUGUCGUAGUAUAUACUACCUAGAUGCGUCGCCUCCUACCUAUAUCGAGCAGACGCGCUACAACGUCACGCUUCUACUCUCCUCAAUUCACGUAGCACGUCCCUCUUCCUUUCUGUCUAGUAUUUAUUUCGGACUGAUUGUCUCCAAAGUUGUAAGAGAAAAAGGCCUAUUUCCAUAUCCUUGUAUGUAAUCCAGCGAAGCCUUUUUUUUUUGCUAUAUAGAUAGUAUGGUCUCCCGAAAUUUUUCCCGAGCCCACGCUAAUUUUGGAGACGAUCAAGUUUUGGCUGCGUUGGAAAAAUUAUGGCUACUGCAGUGGCAUCCAUUUUGACGAUCAAUCAUGCUCAUACCCUGACAGACUUUGUUGUGCUUCUCACUCUGGAAGAAGGCCUCAGGAUCAUGGGUUCGAAGUCUACGGAUGUGACUCUAGUUUCACACUCUAAAAAUUGGAGAAAAGCAGAUGCAAAAAGCGCAAAAGGUUCCUACUUGUGGUUUUGCUACACAGACUGACCUAACGAACCUCCUUUACCUAAUAAAUAUUUUCAUGAAUGAAACAUCUACGAAUUACUUACUUUCAUGACGUACUCAUCAGCUGCCCUCUUCUCUGUCUAGGUUGGUGCCGGAGCCCAAAAAAAGCUGAAGAAGAAAAACGAGAAGGAGGCAUUGAUCGACGAUUUUUUCAAUCCCCUGGAAAAUGGUGACGAAGAAGAAGAAGAAGACAAGCAAGACGAAGUUAAGGCCACCGUAGUACUUCCUUUCAGGCUUUCUCAUCCUGUAAGGACGACCGAAAGUCCACGCAUAUCAGUCCUGCUCAGGUUUUUCGUGAUGAAAGGCUGACGCUUAUUAGGUCUCUGCUUUGGUAUAAUAGUGGCUCUCUCUCACUGGAGCUAAAUUCUGACGAUCGUUCAUAAUCAGAGGUAAGGGGUGCCUGGCAUGGCGAUUUUUCACUCUGACUAUGCUAACUAUCAUCAGCGACACUCUAACCUCAGGCCGUCUACUAUCUUACCGGAAGCCAGCUCGGCAAGGAUGGUUCUACCGAAGAAGAGGAGCCGAGCGAUGAGCAACAAUACCGGUUAUGCCUGGCGAACCUUGUAGUUACAUACGUAACACAAAUAUGCGUCCUCUCUCCUAGCUGCCUAGCUACCAUACAACAGCAACAAGCUCCUGCAUGGGCGAUGGGUUUGCCCAUCGCUGUUGUGUGGUAGCUAGUCAAGGUUUCUACUUAUGUAACCAUCUUGACACUUACUGACUAACGACUAUUCCUCAUCCUCUUAGUCUUAUCCAUCUCUAAUGCGACGCUGGUGCUUCCAUUACAUCGGAUCACGAGACGAGUGUCAGUGAUCGUGGUGCUAGCACUUCUGCCGCAACCGCGCGAUUUACUGCAAGCGCCUCGGGUACGGGUUCUACUCAGCCCACGGCUGCGGCGCCCGCCUUAUGUCUAGUAUUGCCUAAGUAAGCGAUCUGUGUUGAGUAACGCCCCGAAGGCUAACCUCACUUCUUGUUUUUGCUAUACUUUAUCUCUAUCCUUUUAUUCUACAUUGAACGAGCAAGGAGCGAGGCAAAGUCAACUCCUGUCCAUACAAAGCUUCCCCAUAAUCAAGAUUAGCACUGGGCGCGGGUACCCAUCUAGUGGUGUAAAUUGAAGUCUUCUAGUUACUUUUACAUGUGUGAGAUAAUAUUUAUUUUAUGUGCUAACUUUAUGCGCCUUACGUAUCUAAGAGCUGUCAUGUAGAAUGCAUAGUUCUGCUCUUCUUCAUUAUGUAUUUAAAUCUACCCGAUUCGGUAUGUCGGUAUUAGCUGUCUAUUAAAGCAAGUUCUAACUUCCGCUCCCGCAACCUGGGCGCAGGGCAAACGUGACGCGAGGCCCCGCACCAGCACGAAUCACCGACAUGUAUCUUUAAGCUUUCCAUCUCUACAGGAAUCCCUCAACCCUAUAUGCGCCAUUUAAUACAUGUGGAGCGAGAGUGAGGCAUGGCGUUGGUAGUAGGGAUUCCUCAAGGAGAUGCUCUAGCUAGAGAUCUAAUACUCAUCGCAGAGCUAAACGGAAGAGAUGUGGAUGUCCUUGCUUUACAUCCUCCUGUGCAAACCCUGGAUUCAGCAGCCUCUUCUGUUGCAGCCCCUGCUGCAGCAGCUGCUUCUGUUGCAGCCCCUGCUGUACCAGCUGCUUCCGCCGCAACCCCUCUUGUAGGUGGGGAUUUCUUCAAUCCGUGCACAUCCUCGGGGGUAAACGAGACUUCCACUUCGUACGUCUGCAAACCUAAUGGUACGCGCCAGUGAUUCAGAGACCAAAACCAAAAAGGUGAAGACCUUUCUAUUUGCUUAUCCCUACGCCUACCAGCGUUCUUAAGUAAUUCCCAAUGAGCUACUCAUUACCAUAGCAGUCACUUUUUCUUUUUGUGGGAGCAUGAGUGCCUUAUUUGAGUGUGAAUCUAGCACGGCGAGAUUCAAACUUCCCUUUUCCCAAGUGCUUCCUGAAUCACUGGAAACACUCAUUACAUCGGAUGGGAGUCGCAUCUGGCACCCGGAUCAACCUAACGCUGAGUGGGUCAGCGCGCACAUCUGCGAAUUCCUUAUGACAAGAUGGUGGACCUAGUCCGUAGAAUGCACAACAUGCUAGAAAUCGUACAUGGCUAGUUUACUUUUGAGGAUGCUGUGACAUAUUGAGACGCCUGUCGACGGCUACAGUCGUUCAAUCCACAAAAGGUAGCUCCAAGAUUGGAGACAGAAGCGCGCUUGCUUCUUCUAAUUUUUCAUGGAUGACAGACGACUGGUUCCAGCUCACCUCUUGGCGACACACUUAUGAGCACAAUGAGUCCGUCUUUCUUGAUUCAGUCAUCUCAUGAGCGCCUUUUCUCAGCAAUUCUGUGUGUCAUGCAUUGAAUCAGGAUCCUCUUCGGCGCACGAAUGAAGAGUGCUACCAUAUUUGAUCCUGAGCGGCGAGGUGCUGCCUGUAUAGCCUCCUGAUUCCCUCUUAUCGUAGUCCAAGAGAAAGCCCCAGUACUAUCCGUCGCUUUCUCUCUUUCGUUCUAAUGUGCGAUUAGCCAACGGGAAGUGGUUCACGUUGCCGACUUCAACCUGUUCCAGUGCGACCCGAUUCAAUUUCCGAUUUGUCCAGUUAUGUUGUAGAUGAUAGAUUGCAGUUUAUACAUCCUCACUUCUUAUCAGACGAGGCACUUUCUUAGGUAUAAAAAAGCAGGCUCGCCCUUGAAAAACGUGCAAGCAAAUGAAUUGGAUAAGCGGAAUGGAGUCAGUAAGUAUAUCCCUUGGCGCUACUCCGUAUCACUAUCAACGCUGCUGCAAAUGAUUCACCUGCAAACAACAAGGAAUCGCAGCAGACCGCUCUUUCUGACGAUGUCCUACCCCUUACUCUAAUAUCAAAGAUGUACAACUAGCAACGAACCGGAAUCCUGGCGUGGAAUUUUCCGAGUGGAUGACGCAAGCCAUGGGCCGACGUUAUGGUCUUACUUAGUCGAUCUCAAUAAAGUAAGUGACGCAAGUUAGUAUAUUAGUCUACUAUUCUAUGUAUUGCAGAUGAACCUGAGUAGAAACCUACUAGAUCGCUUCAAGAAGGAAGAAUCUGACUAGUAAACAUCUCAUGAGUUUGACUCGACAACUGACUCCCCCCCCGUGUGCCACUUUUAUCGUCUAAUCCUCUGCCGAAGUUGCGCAGAGCAUCGCGGUGGGUACCUUCAAAGAAAGAAAAGAUCUCUUAAGCAAGCAGUAAGUCCACUCUUUGCACGACAGCACUCUUCUUUUUGAUCGUAUGGGUUUAAUAGAUACCCAAACUGUAGAGAAUGCUGAGAGACACAGAGACGGACUCGCGGCGGGCAGUUCUAAGAAGUCAACGGUUUGCAUCGCAGUGGCGCAGUGAGCUGUUUUUAUGUCUACCAAACACGACAACUGAAUGUCCUACAUGACGGACACUCAUGCUCAUCCCAACUGUUGAAGUUGCUGUAGAGAGACUACUAGGAAACGCAAAGACAGGGACUAGAAGCAAGUGCAUCAGCUUGAACGAUCUCCAUUCUGUUGCAGUCCUGAUUCAUUAUCCAAUUGUAUUUGUGAACCCUUCUCCUCAACAAAGUUUUCUUACUUUGUAGCAGCACGUGGGUUCGCUCUAAUCUGGUUCCGAGAAUGGGCCGUCCAGCGGGGCAUACCGGAGAGUGACGGCUUCUUAUGAGUGUAGAAAUUGUAGUGAUCGAUAGGUCUCCUUAUUUUGGUCUAUUACUUUUUAUCCAACUCCGACAACAUAUAUUCAUUAUAUGUUGUCGGAGUUGGAUCAGUGUUUAUAUCUUUGCUGCUUGAAUAAAAAUCCGAGAGGUUUUUUUACUAGUAGAAGACGCAGACUCAUUUUACUCAAUUGGGUGCUCAUGAAACUAACACAGACUACGCCUGCGCGGAUAUUCUACGUAGACGAUAGAUGAGUCAACUUUUUUACGGUCGUUGAAUUUAACGCAUGUCAGUGGGCUCUAACUCGCGACCACGAGUGGUUUGAUGUGCCUCCCAUUCAAGCGGAUUCUUGCGCAAGCCAAGUUAUGUGAUAGUUUGUCAUUAUUUGACAGCCGAGGUUUGAAGUUGAAUCGUCUUCAGUGGUGAAAUUAUUCCAAUCGUUGUGAAAUAAAUUGGGCUCCUAGGGGUAGUUUUCUUUUUCUUCGCGGUAUGGCUCGUUUCUCUUCGUGAAGGUGGAGUACAGAGAAAAAACUUCUGCUCUACCUAGUCCUCUGAUCGAGUCUGAGUCUCCUCUCUCUCCCCUCAUAUUAUUUUCUCUAAAAUCUCCUUCGAGAAGAUGUUUGGCAAUUAUCUUCAACGGCUGCACUGGCGUGCGCACGUGGAGGAGGAUCAGUUUAUGACUGUAGUCUAGUGGAUAAGGAUCUAUAGGGGGGUCGCAGCUGUAAGCAAGUCUUUUUAAUUCACGAAGGUAUGCUAGCUACGUACAAACGCGGGCUGCGUGGGGCAUUGUCUGAAGAAGUAGCUUAAAUAGGGCCCAGUAACGUACUGACCAGCAGACUGGGCCGCAGGUUUCCCCUUUUUGUUAUACUGCAAAGACUCUCAAAUCCACAGGCAGUUGCGCUCAUCCCUCUAAUUCCUUCCGCGUGCUCAUUGCUGGGGACAAAAAGAUGAUUAAGGGAAAACCAAUCGACGCAAGGAAAUGCUUUUCAAGCGUGACUUUUUUCAAAGAAAAAAGUGCGUCGUUGAUUCCAUGUAGGUGUCGAUUGGAAUGUCCUAAGAUGCUGCAGCUGCACGGUCUGCCCAAACUUAUGAUGAAAUGCUAAGUCCUCGCCCUGGGUAGUCUCCCUUUACUUUAUUUUCGUGCUAGCUACUCCCAGUCUCACGGCCUUCUGCUCAUUGAUGCCUUACGUGUCCCCACGACCUGGCGUUCGAUAGUAUCCUUUCUUAGCCGUCAAUCAUGCGCCAGUUAUUUAAGUCUAUAUACUUCACAUACCCAACAUGAUGAUAGUCAGCCCAGAUAUGUAUCAGCCAAACUCGACGAGCAAAGACAAAAUGAAUCAGUGGAUACCUCUUGGGAGCGUUCCUCCUAGAACUAUUCACAAAGUAUUAGCUUUACACAUCUGAGGGCAAUAGAUACUAGAUGCAAGCUCUAAACUUUUGCAAGACUCUUUCCUGUACAGUCAAGAAUGUUAUGACCAUUUUCAAGAGGCUUUCAAGCGCCGCACAGCGCUGUUAUUGGCAGCAAAGCAGAGAGCAGAGAAGGCAGGAGGGGUAGGAGAGAACAAUAAGCCACAGCAGGAGGAAGGCGUUGUCCCGUCUCCGGACGCAAAGAUCAGGAAGCGUUAUGGUCUUGUAUAAGUUCCCUUCAUGGAUCAAUGUGAAAGCGUGUGCCGCUAGGUAGGCUUAGACACGAGCAUACUAAACCUAUGAGAAGACUUUUAGAUUAGAGUAUAUUCGUCGCCCUGUUGAUUUAGGUAGCAUUGCCUCCACAUCAGUGAUGAUCACGGCGGACACACCUUCGGGUCCUAGAGUCAAUACCUAGCUGAUCCAAGGCUCCGUGCCCUGGUGUUGACCGUAGCAAGCAAAGCCCUUUUCUACAAAAAUGAUUCCUCUGCUCAGCGUGUCCAUGCGAGCGCGUUCUCGCUACGCAGACUUGCGUAGUCACUUAAUGAACGCGUGAGCCUAGUUCUAUUACAUAUGGGAUAGACGGCAGACCUUCGCUUUCGUUACUGAGUAUCUUUUUUUCUCUCAUGAUUUCGAUGACAACCUCGCGUCGGGAUUACCCAAUCCAGAGGUGGGAGACUUGUACACGAUCCAGGAAGGAAGCGAGGAAGCAGGCAUAGAUAAGGAGGCUCAACAUGGUGGUCCGACGUCACUCGAAGACUUCAACUUCAACCAAAGCGACGUCGAGGGACAGCAGCAACAACAUCAACAGCAGCCGAUUCCCAUCAUUCCGCCGGCACCCGGAGGUCAAAAUCCCGAGGAAGGAGGUCAGCAACAAAAUGAACAACAGCCGACUCUUCUGGUUCAGCCGGCAACCGGAGGUGAAAAUCCGGAGGGUAAUCAACAACAACUUCAACAGCCGCCGACUUCUAUCCCUGCGUCCGCCGGUAAGAAUGCGCAGGCAAAUCAACAACAUCAAAAUCUGCAGGCAGAUCAACAAGGAGACACUGAUGUGCAAAAACAGAAGGGUACUGCAGCAGAAUUCGGGGUGCAAGAAGAAGAAGGCGCAGCCGGUGAAUCUCUGGUGAGCGGAAAUCCAGCGGGCUCUUCCUUGGAAGAGGACGAAGACGCACAGGAAGACGAAGAAGAAGAUGCAGAGGAAGAUGAGGAGGAGAGAUCCGAGGAGAAACCCACAAAGCGCGGUCGCCCUCGGAAAAUGAACAAAAUGAAUAAGAAGACUGCCACGAAAAAAACUGCUCAAGCGAAGAAGAAGUCGAACUCUACGCAGGGUGCACGCAAGAAGGUGGGACCCAUCAGCAGCAAAGCAGCAGCGAAGAUGUGGUAAUUGGUGGUGGAAGAAGAUAGUGUAGUUUAGAAUGGAGGAACAUCACUAGAGGUUCAUAGAUAGGUAGAUAGCGCGACUGACGCCGUUCCUCAGGGAUAGUAUUAAUAAAAAGCGUUUCUUUGUAUAAGAAAGCAGGAUCGAUUACUCUUUCCACGGCCCAGCUUGCUACUCAAUCUUUCUCCAAUGUUGAGCAUAUUGUGUAAAGAUCGUUAUUGUUCAGUAGGAUAGCAUUCGUGAGAAAAGUCUCUUGUUGCUUUCGCAUGCUGAUCUCAUGGAGUCGUCGGGGGUGAAGGGUUUCGCUCAGUUUUUUAGUGAAGUGACAGCGGUAACAAACUUACCGAAAACAAGAAUACUCAACUAAGGAGGACUAGUAUGUAAUGCUGGCCAUGCGAUCUCACUCUGUAGAUUUCACGUCUCAUUCAUGCACAUGACAUUCCUAGGUAGAGUGAGAGCGUGCUGCAUCUGAGUCUCCCGCUAUUGUGUAUCGACGUGAUUGAAGACGCAAUGACGUCGCAUACAGCCGACUUCGUUUGUUUUGUGAACUAGAUGCUGUACAAUGUGCCUGACUCUUUCGAGAUAAGUGAUUUUAAAAAUAUGAGCCAACGUAUGAAUCAAAGGCACGGACAGACGUCAUUUUCAGUAAGCUACUCCUGGCUUAAAUUUGUUAAUAAAAGUGUGCUAUAUAUAAAGAAGGUGGGAGCUGUGGAAAUAAAUAUCUACCCAAGUGAGCUACUCCAAUCUUCUGUGCAUUAAUUAGUACUGUUUUUCUAUAACAUGGCGGACCGCCAAUAAGGAUGAAGCAUGUGCUUUCUGCAUACGGGGCCGGUCGUCUCAUGCUCUUGUCUCUCUUAGAAGGAAGGGGGUUGCAGGGCCACGCGGAAGCAUAGACGGCGGGGUGAAUCAAUGAAUCAUAGAGAAGCCUGUCCUUUCAUGAGUAGGAAAAGCGCUCCAACUUACCUAGAAUCAAUCAUAGGGAAAACUGAGCUGAGUUCUCAAAUUGUUUGAUUCCACUCGUAACAUUACCUUUACGGUAAAUUACCUGACUCAAUUAAAUUCAUUCGAAUUGUUGACGGUGUCGCGGUGAGAUCGAUUGUAGCAACAGAGACACGAUGAACAGCAAUCUAUAAAUAGAAAAGCCUUUAACUAGGUGCGCUCCCUCUGUCUUUCGAUCUACCAGUGUGUAACUAUAGCUCCAAGGUAGAGGCAUAGCCGCUAGUACUUUGAUUUGAUAGAUUGAUAGAUUCAAGAGACGCCCGACCUAUCGGCAAAUAAAUCAAUGGAGUUAUCUUACUCGCAAAGAAUAGAACUUAAAAGAUCUGUAGCCUGCUUCCUCUUGUGCUAGUUUUGCAUGCUCCACUGCAUGCUUAUGUAUCCACACCGAUGCCAGACGCAUCGAUCCAUCGGCAGAAUCUAUUCCCAACCCAUCCCUUUUAUGAGCAUGGAUAUACUCACCCCUUCACUUCACCUCCUAGGCCGAAGGUUCUCAGUGAUCGGUAUAGCAAGUUGAUCUAUGUACGAGCUAGUAUGCUAGCUCCGCAUCCUCCUGACUAAGCAUGUGGAGCCUGGCCCAUCAGUCUGUCUACUUUGACAUGCUAGGAGGUGAGCGUGAGCAGAGGGGUAAUCGUGUCGUUCUGUCAUAAAACAAAGUCAGACCCUAACUUCCUUAGGCGGUUCUCCUUAAUAGAAUCGCAAAAAAAUGGCUCGCAUACGCAGUCCCAGUCAGGCUGUGUAUGUCCCGCUGAGUCUUCCUGCUCUCCGCUGGAUCCCCCGACAUAUUGGAAUUUGAACGCUGAAUAAAUAGAGUAGCAUGACCGAGCGUUAUAUAUGUCACAAACUGAAGACUGACGGACAGGAAGCAGAUGGAUGCGCUUCUUCUACCUAUCAAGACUCUCAGUCAAGGCAUUCCUUCAAUAAUAGCCGUUCGUAGCACUAACAUUUCCUGACUCGUAGAAAAGCAUGCUUCUUAGCCCCAUUUGAGUUCGAUUAAAUAUAGGGUACAUUUAUAGGCACGUACUUCGAUUUCGUCUCUCCUCCUAAAUCUCUCCUUUCUUUCAUCUUCUCUGUCUCCCCUCAUCCACAUAUAAUAUAUAGCACAAGGUCCUUGUGAAAUGCAUUGUGCCUAACUUGUCAGUUUACGACGGUCGAAGAAUUUCAUCGGCCAACUAAGGCACUCACUUGGAUUAGUUGCUCUCUCUUAUAAAAAAGCAUCCCCUCUCACUCUGUCUUGAACUCCAGUUAGUGUCUCUCUGAAAAAAAUGAUUUUAGAUCAAUGAAGGUCGACGGACGAGGUUUAACGAUACACUCAUAGGCAAAUACUCUCGAAACGAGGCAACGUUCUAUCUUCGAUUUCUUGGCCGUCUAGUGUGUACCGAUUGAGUAAGUUCUUCACGAGGAGUGCCUUACUAGCAACAGGCCUAUAGGUACCGACAUCCGCUUCCUAAAACAGAAGCGUCAGAAAGUAGGAAAAGACUAGAUACUUUGAAUCUGCAAGGACGAAGCGCUCAGUUGAAUUCUGAUAGUAAGCGACAGCGUAGACACUGGUCCCCCAAGAGGAACAGACAUGAACAAACAAUAAAUACUUACCUCAUUCGCAGCGCCCUUCGAUUUCAGUGAAGUUCCUUCUUGAAUGAAGCAAGCAUAGGCUUAGCUGUGAUAUGAUACGUUGUGCAUGCUAUGAAAGAAAUUCCAGACCUUCACUUAGAUUAGAACGUAAAGGCAUCAACUUCCUUAAACAAGCUCAGAAUGCUUUUGAUAUACCCCAUACUGCUGCAGAUACCAAAAAAAGUAGUCGACUCACACACUAGGUAGCUUACAUACUUGGACCCAUUGACUCCGGGGCAGCAAGAUAAAAUAAUUAUUCUUUCUUGAUCGAUGACGCAUUGAUUGAGUUCAAUUACUCAUCCAAUGACGUCACGCACUAGCUAGCAAAGAAACGGAAAUAAGACCAUCGACGACAAGAAGGAAGAACAAUUUUUAGCUGUGCGCAUGAUCAACAAAAACCGAGCAUGAAGAUGGAAAAACGAGUAUGAAAGUUAUACGAUCUAUAAAAUAUGGCUUCUUUCAAGAAGCUCAUGAUCGAUGAAAG